AUGAAGACGGGACUGAGUGAUAUGCGGCAGCGCUCUCUGUACGCAUCCAUGCGGUGUAUCGUACAUCCAACAGGGUUAGAUCCUAUAGAAAUAGCUGCAAUUGAUUCAUGUCUUCAAGAUGGUGGGGCUACUUUAUUGCAAGACGUGAAUGCUGCCAGUAGCAGCGCUGUGACACACAUUGUGUGUCAUCCCAAGGCCUACGAGAUCUUUGUAGAGCAGCGAAAUGAGCGUUUUGUGGCUCUUGUGCGACCCGAAUGGGUCUUUCGGACCUUUUUACUCCAGCGUUUGUUGCCCGUGGAUCGUUUCAGUCCCAAUCCAGCGCUUAUUUUCUCAACAUUCGCGAUUUCGGCAGGAACGAUGGGCAAGGACCCGAAAAAGGUUAUCAAUGGCCUUAUUACACACUUUGGAGGGCAGAUUGUGGACGAUAAAGAAGGUUAUUGUGGUGCAACACACAUUUUGUACCAAGAGGACAGUAACAUGGACGCUGCUAUGAUCUCUAAAGCAAAAGAAGAACAAGAAAACGAUCAGAAACUACUGCAGCUUCACUUUUCCAAAGCCGAAGUAGGACAACGCGCUGGAUUGGCCAUACAACAUCAUGUAAAGUACACGUGGAUUGAAGAGUGCGUUAUGCAGCAGCGUCACGUGCCCGAAGGUCCGUUUGAUCAAAAAUCAAGUGGAUCUGCUGUUGUCAAGCCAGACAAGAAGAUGCGCAGUUGGAAAACGCAACCGACAGUAGAGCUGGAAGAUCUAAACCUCAGCAAGUGGGCAAACGUGUAUCAGCUGGGAAAGACAGAACUUGGCACGGAUCUCUCGGUCGUUCGCAAAUUGUCCAAUGACAAAUUGGAGGCGAUGAAGAAAACGUUACAAGGCGCGAUUGUACUCCUCGCGCAGCAUAUAGCUCCACUGCUGCGAGAAAAAUUGUCAGAUAUGCUUAAGACAGUAGAUGCCAAGGUGGCGAAUGUGCCGUAUGGUGAUUCAUUUCAGGACAUUGUGGGCAAGGUGGUCACGAAUGCGUCAUUUGUCGUAUGUCGGUAUCGUUGUGGAUUUGAGUACAACGAGGCCGUGCGCCAAGGCAAGAAAGUGGUUAGUAUCUAUUGGGUUCUCGCAGGGCUUUCACAAGUCAGCAAGCCAACUUCGUAUAAUGAGGCAAUUCAGCGGCCAGUCCGGUCUUUUGGAAGCAUUCCUGGAAUGCAGUCUUUUGUUAUUACUUUGUCCGGUUACUCGAGCCGGUCAAGCCCAACUCGCGAAGAACUCCAGAUUGCUAUUCAUGCCACUGGGGCAUGCUUGCUCCCGGUGCUUUCACGAACGUACUCGACGCACCUUCUGUGCUAUGAAGGAUCAGGAGAGAAGUACAAGAAGGCACUGAGCUGGAGAUUUAAUAACGUCUUGAGCCACGAGUGGAUCUUUGCGUGUCUAUCAAAAUGGGUGCACGUUGCCGAAGAUGCGUUUCGGUACAACACUACUAAGGAGCAAUCGGGUGAUACGGAUAGCACGGAGUCAGAUCACAAUUCAAAGAAGAAGGACUGCGCAAAUAUCACUUGUGACGAGGGAAUAGUAAGCAAAACAAAGCUAGCCGCCACGCCCAGCACCAGAAGCGCAAACAAGGCUAAGAAGGCUGGUCAGGGGCGGUUUGACGUUGACAGUAUUCUCACGGAAAUCGACAAAGUGCCUACUCCGAGUGAUAAAACGAUUCCAGCAAACCAACAGACAGUAGCAACAGCGGCAAUUUCGAUCUCAUCAGAUAUGACCUCUGGCCGCUCGAAAGAUGUUACUUGUACGCUGUUCGACACCCCACCAAACACAAGCACUUCUCCAACGACUACGCGGAAGCCACGAAAGAAUGAGCCUCACGAAGCAUCCGCGGAUUUGGAUGAAGUAGAGAAAGAGCCUGCAGUAAAGGCUUCCGAAGCUGAAGCUGUGAAGGAGCUACCGUCUGUCAUACACAUUAGCAGCGAUAGCGAUGUAGAGACAGCGCAUGUCAGUGAUUCUAAUCAGGAGGCAGCGACACGGUCAACGAAGAUCUUGGAUAAGAAAUUCCAAACGAAGAAGCGUAAAGGUGCUGACUCUGACUCUGACGAAACGAGUGCUUCCAAAUCGAGCAAGAGCUUGUCAAAGAAACAGAGGCAGGAGACUGCUGUAAUUUCGUUGCCAACAGCUAAACGUGUGUUCCUUUUGACGGGCGAUCGAGACCAAGCAGCGGUGCACACCUCGAUCAUCUCUUCAUUGGGUGGGAGCGUCAGUAAGUUUGGUCGCGUGUAUGACAGCAACUGUACACACAUUAUUUGCAGUGAGCUCAAGCGGACAGAAAAGUUUAUUGCUGGAUGUGCGGCUGGCAAGUGGAUAUUGAAGCCGUCAUACCUGGAUGCUAGCGCUGCAGCUAAGAAGUUUGUCGACGAGGUAGCGCACGAGUGGGGAAGGCAAAACUCGGACAAUAAGGACAUUGAUUCGCGAAUAUGGCCAGAAGUGUGCAAAUACUGGCGCAAAAAGCGCGCCGGGGGUCACCCUGGCGCAUUCGCUGACUGGCGCUUUUUCAUUCACGCAAAAUGCACUCCCCCGCGAGAGAUGUGCGAGCGUAUUGUCCUCGCUGGCGGUGGCUCUGUAGUUCCGCUAACCAAGUCCGUUGACUUUGAUGGGUUAGCGACGGAGUCGACUCCCAAGGCGCCUGUCGUAGCUCUCUUUUCACCCGAAGUGCCAACCCGAGACCUGUGGCUGAAGAAGCUCAAGACACACAAGAUCGAAUGUUUAAAGGCGAGCUUCCUGAUUGACUAUGUCACAAAGAAGCAAACGUCUCGUGUAAAGCACUCCGAUUACCAUCUCUAA